CAGAGCCAUGUCCAUCUGAAAAAGCCAAGAAAAUGAGCGCCCCACAGCAUUAUAUUCUCCAUAAAAAGGGAAGCUUUUGAACAGGAAAAGAAAUUACCACUACUUUCCGUUAUUAAGAAGGAAAGAGGUUUCAAUACAAUCAGAGCUUUUAAAAACAGGGGAAACAGAGGAUUCAGACAAAGAGGGAUCAAUGAAGAUUGAACGGACUUAUUUUCUUCUCUUGAUCUUGCUUUUCUUCUCAAUCUUGCUAAGACCCAUAUUUGCUACCAAAAAGUCUUAUAUUGUGUACUUUGGAGGACAUUCUCAUGGUCCAUCAGCUUCUUUGAUUGAUUACAAGGGAGUGACAGAUUCUCAUUAUGAGUUUCUGGGUUCAUUCUUGGGAAGUAAGGAAAAGGCGAAAGAUGCCAUCUUUUACUCUUACACGAGACAUAUCAAUGGUUUUGCUGCAAAUCUCGAAGACGAAGAAGCAAUAGAGAUAUCGAAACACCCGGAAGUCUUAUCGGUUUUCUUAAACCGAGGAAUGAAAUUACACACGACUCGGUCAUGGAAUUUUCUUGGACUAGAGAGAGAUGGUGUAAUUCCUGCAAAAUCGAUAUGGCAAAAAGCUAGAUUUGGAGAAGAUACAAUCAUCGCCAAUCUCGACACUGGAGUGUGGCCAGAAUCAGAGAGCUUUAAAGAUGAUGGAAUGGGACCGAUCCCAUCAAGAUGGAAAGGAAUCUGUCAGAAUGACACCGAAGUUGGAGUUCCUUGUAACAGGAAGCUGAUCGGGGCCAGAUACUUCAAUAAAGGGUACAAGGCUAAUGGGGGCGUAGUCAACGCGUCCUCAUCCUCUGCACGUGACACCGAAGGCCAUGGGACCCACACUCUAUCAACGGCCGGUGGCAGCUUUGUCCCCAACGCGCAUUUCUACGGUUACGCUAGUGGGACAGCGAAAGGUGGGUCCCCCAAAGCACGUGUGGCGGCUUACAAGGUAUGUUGGCCCCCGAUCGACGGCUACGAAUGCUUCGAUGCGGAUGUCAUAGCUGCAUUCGAUACAGCCAUCCAUGAUGGCGUUGAUGUGGUGUCCGUAUCGCUUGGUGGGGACUCCAGCACUGAUUAUUUCGACGAUGGUGUGGCCAUCGGAUCGUUCCACGCCGUUAAAAAUGGGAUCGUGGUCGUUUGUUCAGCGGGGAAUGCAGGACCCACUCCAGGUACGGUCUCCAAUACAGCACCGUGGAUCUUGACGGUGGGGGCCAGCACCAUGGAUAGGGAGUUCCCAUCGUACGUUCGACUCGGGAACAACAGGCAAUACAAGGGACAAAGCCUUUCGAACAAAGUCCUACCAGAGAAGUUCUAUCCUCUAAUCAGCUCCGUCGAUUGCAAGGCCGCCAACACCACGACUCACAAUGCGCAACUCUGUUACAUUGGAUGCCUUGAUCCUAAGAAGGUGAAAGGAAAGAUCGUGGUCUGUCUUGAUGGUUUUAAUGCAGCAGAAGAGAAAGGCGAGGCCGUCCAUCAAGCUGGUGGGGCCGGGAUGAUCCUGGCCAAUGAUCUAGCCAGUGGAAAUGAUAUCAUGGCUGAGGCCCACGUCCUCCCGGCCACACACAUCUCAGCCAUUGAUGGUCUUGCUGUGUUUGCCUACAUUAAUUCAACAAAGGAGCCUGUGGCGUACAUCACGGGUCCGACGACAAAUCUCAACACGAAACCUGCACCGUUCAUGACCGCCUUCUCAUCUCAAGGCCCCAAUCCCAUCACGCCCUAUAUCCUAAAGCCGGAUAUUACAGCACCAGGGCUGAGUGUUCUUGCUGCAUAUAGCGGAGCAUCGAGCCCAACGACCCUGGCCUUUGAUUCACGUCGGGUCCUUUUCAACGUUGUAUCUGGAACGUCCAUGUCAUGUCCUCAUGUUUCUGGGAUUGUGGGCCUUCUCAAGACUCUCCAUCCUGACUGGAGCCCAGCAGCGAUUAGAUCUGCAAUCAUGACCACUGCUAGGACUCAAGAUAACAUGAGAAAGCCCAUGAAGAAUUCCUCCUUCAUCAAGACCACACCUUUCAGCUACGGCUCAGGCCAUGUGUGGCCGAACCAUGCAAUGGACUCCGGCCUAGUCUAUGACCUGACCACCAACGAUUACGUCCACUUCCUAUGUGCCCUUGGCUACAAUGCCACCCAAAUGGCAAUGGUCACAGACCACUCCUACUCAUGCCACCCUACCAACAUGUCCAGCAUCCUGGAUCUCAACUACCCUUCGAUUGUGGUCCCAUAUCUCACCACCUCCACAACCAUCAAACGAACAGUCAAGAACGUUGGCUCACCGGGCACUUACACGGUCCAUGUUGAUGCACCUAGCGGCGUAUCAGUGUCAGUCGAACCCACGAGCCUGAUUUUCGAAAGAACCGGCGAAGAGAAGAUGUUUACAGUUAAGCUGACGCCUAAAAGGCAUUUGGGCACUAAUUAUGUUUUUGGGAGACUGAUAUGGUCUGAUGGUGUGCACUAUGUGAGGAGUCCAAUUGCAGUCUCAUCUACAAACAUAUAAAAGAAAAGGGUUCGAUCUUUUGGUCUUGAUGGCUCGAGCCACGGUUCAAAAAUGUGUUGCCCCAUAGGAGCCACAUGGUCGUAUGAUUAGAGUCAUCCAUAUUCUUAUUGCUAUCAUAAGCUAUGGUCCAAUAAUCAGGCUUCAAGGAUGAUACUGAGUCCUAGCCUUCUAUUUAUUUGUAUUUUGGACAUGAUAUCACCCGUCUUUGGAAAGUAUGUUUACUGGGAAUUCAUUCCAUGCAUU